AUGCGAGACACAAAAGAAUGGCGAGGGACGACGUCAACGAGUCGGGUAUUCGUUCAAAAAGGAUAUCAAUUAUCAGAUGAAUUGGCACUUCGAAAAGUGCAAGUUUUGGAGAGGCGGUACGGUGGAGCGCAGUUGGCACAUCGAGCAGCGACGAUUAUUCAAAGGGCAUGGAGGGAAUACUGUAUAAUGAAACAGUGGAUGGUUAUUAGGCAUAAACAUGAUGCAAUACCAGACCAUCUCGAUGCAAGAUGCGGAGUGUCAAACAGUCAGCGGAACGAGCUAUCACUAACCAGCCGCUACGCCACAAGCCUCAGCGCUCAACUCCGAAUAGAUCGUGCCGCCCGUUCGAAUACCGUCGAUCGGAGUCCACCGUCGCCAGCGCCGCCCGUACUGGCGAAUUUGCAAAAUUCGAAUAUGAUUGAAAGUCUAAUGUCCCCCCGACUCGGAAACCGUAGAUUCGCCGCGUCGACAGCAAGAUGCGCGCCAGCGGCCUCCGAGCUGCAGAGCACAGAAGUCUGGCUUCCACGACCGUCACUAGUGAAUCAGAAUCCGGCACAUUCGAAUUCGUUGCCACGUUUGGAUAAGCAUCGAGUCCAUGAACGCAGUGAAUCGAGUAACGGUCGAAAGAAGUCGGAAAUCAAUAACAAGCCACAACGACAAAUGACAGAUCAGGAGAGAAAACGACAGUACCGGAUAGCACUCAACUUUUUCAAUAAAAAACCCGAGCGAGGUGUUCAACUGCUAACCGCGUGGGGAUUCGUCAAAAGUUCCCCCGAUUCGCUGGCCAGUUUACUGUUCGGACGGCGUGGACUGAGUAAAUCAAUGAUUGGAGAGUAUAUCGGCACACUACAUUCACCGUAUCAUAGUUUAGUUUUGAAAUAUUUCACCGGAAUGAUUGAUAUUCGAGGUCUCGAAGUGGACGUAGCCCUUCGAAAAGCCAUGCAAUUCUUCAUUCUACCCAAAGAAGCCGAGAAAAUCGAUAGGAUAAUUCAAGCGUUUGCUUUGCACUACUCCAAAUCCAACCCAAAAAGAACGUCGAAUUUCCGUGGUGGAUGGGAUACGAUACAUCUGCUAUCGUUUGCAAUUAUCAUGCUCAACACAGAUUUACACUCGCCAAAUGAUAAGGUGAACGGGGAGAAAAGUGGAGAGGAUAUUGAUAGGAAAACACUGGAAGGGAUCUAUGAUCGGAUAAAGAAGGAUGAAUUGAAAGCGGGAGAUGACCACGUGGCACAGGUUCAACGGGUGGAUCGGGCAAUAGUUGGGAAGGAUAAACCGCGUCUCACCGAAACGCCCCGCCGCCUCGUCUGCUAUUGUCGUCUCCAGCAAGUAGCCGACCCAACAAAACGUCAGUCAUCAACAGCCAGAGAACGAGACGUCUUUCUUUUCAAUGAUAUGAUCGUUGUGGCGAAAGGAGUGAGAAGAGGGUCUACUUCGAUGGUCGGAUGCACAUAUACACUCAAACAAUGGACAGUUCUACUCGGAGCCCAUGUCACGGAAUUCCAACGAGGGCAGUAUGAAUUCGGACUCACUAUCACAUGUCCCAACAAGGAUAAGAUACACUUUAACGCUCGGAAUUUCGAGGAUCGAUGUCAUUUUGUGGCCGAUGUCACUGAAUCGAUUCGAGAGGCGACGGAAAUGGAACAAGUGAGGUUGGAGAUGGAAAUGGAGCAUCAUACGACGAUUCGAUCCGAUAAUCAGAGAGAUUCCGGUCUUCCUGAUAUGGAUGAAUCCAUGAAGUUAUCGAACGGCAGCAACAGCAGUGCUGGCUCAUCGAGCUCCUCCACCAACAACGGAUCCUCAUUCCGACGCCUCUCGUUCAAUUCCCUGGAUAGUGGAGUCGUUGAAGAGCACCUUGAAGCCUGUUGA